GAAAAUAUGUUUGAUAUAGAUUAUUAUUUGAGUAAAUGUAGAUUUUGCUGGUUAGAAAUAUCAAGUCAAGACUGUGAACAAAUUGAUGAUCAAACGUCAAGACAAUAUGAAUUUAUCACUAGUAAACAGCUAGUGUCAUCGGUUAAGCUAUCCAACACAUUAUGUACGAAUUGCAUCACAAAAAUAAGCAGCUAUUACCAAUAUAAACAAGAGCUAAUUGAAAAGCAGGAAAAGCUAUUAUCCUUAUUAAGUUUAGACGAUCAAAUACCAAAUUCAAUCAAAACACUCCCAAAAAAUGAACUAGAAGUCAGCAUACAGUUAGCAUCACAAGAUGAAUCUCAUAUUGAGGAAGAAUUUAUUGAAGAAAUUGAUCAAUUAGAUGAUUCAGAUAUAAAUCCAGAAGAGUCUCCAACCAUACAUAUUGUGAAGUUAGAAACCUCUGACCCGAUAAAACUAGAUCCAAAAUACAAGAACCAACCACCUUCAUGUCCUCACUGCUACAAAACUUUUGUCGAUAAAAGGAAACUUAAAAUUCAUAUCGAAAAAUUUCACGAAAAAAAGACCAGAACAUGCGAAUAUUGUGACUUUAAUGCCAACAGUAAGAGUGAACUGCUUAGGCAUGUCAAAUCUAAUCAUUUAAAAGAAAACAAUUCAACUUCGGAUGUACGGAUAUGCCCAGACUGUGGAAAGAUCUUGAAAGGCAAUAAUCAUUUAAAUUUUCAUAUAAAAACGAAGCAUUUGAAGCUUACUAAGUACCAAUGUGAUCUUUGUGGCUUCCGAAGUUAUGGAAAGUACGAAAUUAGAUCUCACAUCCUUAUCCAUCAUUUACCACUGGAACUAAGGAAGGAAUACAAAUGUGACUUGUGUCCGUCCAUUCUAACAACAGCAAUGAGUCUUAAAACUCACAAGCAGCAUAAACAUUCAGGACUUAAACCCCACAUCUGCAUAUUCUGCAAUAAAAGUUAUGCAUUAAAGGAAACUUUAAAAUCACAUAUUAGAAAUGUCCACAAUGGUGAGCGAAAAUACAAAUGUCCAACUUGUAAUAAAGGAUUCAAUUCUAAUCCACGGCUGACUGAUCAUAUCAAUAACACACAUGGACACAAACAGGAGAUUCCUUGUGAUAAAUGCGGUAAAGUUUUCAAUUCACUUAGGAACCUCCAAACACACUCAAUUUAUCAUUUAUCACCAACACUCAAGUGCAAUUCCUGUGACAAAAUGUUUUACAUUAAGAAGAAUUUGAGGGAACAUCAGGAGAGUGUGCAUCUUGGGAUCACGUACCAAUGUGAUUUGUGUCAGAGGAGCUUUCAAAGUACCAGUGGACUAAGGAGGCAUACGAAAAGCCAUUGUAAAGGAUAAUUUUGUACUGAUGGAUAGGUUGGGAAUAGACUAGCUUUCGAGAGGUAGCUUUGUAAAUUUUAGAGACCAUACCAAAGAAAUUUAUUAUUAAAAAAAUUUAAAAAAUCAAAUUUAAUCGUGC